AUGAUGCAGACACUGCCACCACCAAAUGGUGCAGACAUCAACCACCAAAUGGUGCAGACACUCCCACCCCACAUGGUGCAGACACUCCCACCACCAAAUGCUGCAGACAUCAACCAUCAUAUGGUGCAGACAUCAACCACCAAAUGGUGCAGACACUCCCACCCCCACAUGGUGCAGACACUCCCACCACCAAAUGCUGCAGACAUCAACCACCACCAAAUGCUGCAGACAUCAACCACCAUAUGGUACAGACAUCAACCACCAAAUGCUGCAGACACUCCCACCACCAAAUGGUGCAGACACUCCCACCACCAAAUGGUGCAGACACUCCCUACCACCAAAUGCUGCAGACACACCCACCCCCAAAUGGUGCAGACACUCCCACCACCAAAUGCUGCAGACACUCCCACCCCCAAAUGCUGCAGACAUUCCCACCACCAAAUGCUGCAGACACACCCACCACCAAAUGGUGCAGACACUCCACCACCAAAUGGUGCACACACUCACACCACCAAAUGGUGCACACACUCACAUCACCAAAUUGUGCAGACACUAACAUCACCACCAAAUGCUGCAGACAUCAACCACCAACUGGUGCAGACACUCCAACCACCAAAUGGUGUAAACACUCCCACCACCAAAUGGUGGAGACAUCAACCAUCAAAUGGUGCAGACACUCCCACCACCAAAUGGUGUAGACACUCCUACUCCCAAAUGGUGCAGACACACCCACCAACAAAUGCUGUUGACACUCCCACCACCCAAUGCUGUUGA